AUGCUACAUGAUUCAGAUCGUAAUUAUAAAUAUCGACUAGCUCUUGAACACACUAUCCAACGUCUUAAAAAACAGAAUCCCGAAAAACCUGUUCAUGUACUUGAUAUUGGGACUGGGACAGGUUUACUAAGUAUGAUGGCUGUGAAAGCUGGAGCCCAUCUCGUCACUGCAUGCGAAUCUUUUCGUCCAAUGGCUAAAUGUGCGCAACGUAUUCUUCAUAACAAUGGGUUAAGUGAAAAAAUUAAUGUCAUACCUAAGCGGUCGACCGACUUGGUCGUUGGAGUAGACAUGCCACGCAAGGCUGAUGUUCUGGUUGCAGAAUUAUUUGAUACUGAGUUGAUUGGAGAGGGUGCCUUGGAAACUUACAGACAUGCAGCUGAAAACUUAAUAACAGCUGAUGCUUCUCUUAUUCCAUGUGCUGCGAAUAUUUAUGUACAGGUUGUCGAAUCUCCAUUCCUUUGGUCGCAUCAUCGAUUACUUCCAUUCCAAUAUGAUAAUGGUGAUAAAGUGAUAGAUUUGAGAGAAUUUCAAUGUGCAGAAAUGGAAUCAUGUUCAGGACUUGCAUCUGUAUUCGAUAUUCAAGUAUCAGAGCUUCAGUUAGAAAAUGAUAAAUUUGCCCCUUGCGAAAGAGGCAUACGCUGUCUUCUAAAAAGUCCGCAGCUUGUUAAACGCUUUGAAUUUGGCCCUCCAGCUGAUCAAAUUAAAUUAAACGACUUCAUUACUUUGGAAUGUACUCCUUCUACAUCUGGUAAAGCGCAUGCUUUCAUUACGUGGUGGUCUUUGCAAAUGGAACCCACAAAUUCAACGCCAUCGAUUACUAUAGCUCCCACUUGGACAAACGAUCCUGACUGUGCUUGGAGAGACCAUUGGAUGCAAGCAGUUUACUUUCCUAAAACGGAGUAUUCUCUAGUCAAAAAUGAAUCAUUCACUCUUAAAUAUUCACAUGAUUCGUUGUCAAUGCAGUUUGAUUUAUCCCUCAAGUAUAAUUCUGUCAACGACCAAAAAGCCAUAUUAAAUGAUGAUGAUAAAAAAUUCUUGGAUCCAUUGUCAUGUACCUGUGAUCUACACCGUGUAUGGCCUCGAACGCGUAUAUCUGAGCUAAAUUCUUCAGAUUACAAAACACUUUCUACUAAAAUCCUUGAUUCUGUGCGUACAAUUGCAAAAGAUUCAAAUUCAUCACUAAAAGUAUUAGUCGUGUCUGAUUGUACAUAUUUACCCUGUUUAAUUAAAAAAAGUUUAGAUGAGUAUAUGUUGCAGUCACUUAUAAUUCAUUUAGACACGUCUCCAUCGUCCUGUCUACUAUUGGAUCGCAUAUACAAAUCUUGUAAUACAUCCUCCCGGUCGACAAUAGAAAACUGUCAAUCUAUUGAACACGUUUUAUGUAAAAUAACGGAUAAUAAAUGUACAAAUCAUCAGCCUUCAAACACUACUUUAAUAUUGGUCGGCGAGCCAUACAUAACCGCAGCUAUUCUUCCUUGGGAUUCGUUGUACUUUUGGUACGCUUUCCGAAGUCUCCUCUCACAUGACCUAGCUUGUUCAUCGCUGCAUUCAUUUGGUCCUACAAGAUUACGCGUGUAUGCUGUUCUAGUUGACUUCGAAAACCUUUGGAGGAUUCGUUCACCAGUAGGUUUUUCUUGUGAAUCCUUUGAUUUACGUCAAUUCGAUGAAUUGGUGCUGAAUGCUUCUGCUAAAAGUGACGAACUAAUUGAACCACAUCCGUUAUGGGAGUACCCUGGUACAGCUCGAUCUAAUCAUUGUGUUAUAUUUGAUAUGAUUUUACAGAAUAAUCCUGAUCUUGAUGGGAAUUUUCAGUAUGCUGAUCCCGAAAAUUUGAUACAGUGUUACAAGAAUACCUUAACUGCCUCCUCAAAUUCUGUUAAUGGUAUAGCUUUUUGGUGUGAAUGGCUUUACAGUACUCCUGUUGCACAGAAACCUCAUUCUAAUGAAAAAUGGUGGUAUUCACCAGCUGGUCCCAGCAAAACUAUUAAACCAAAUGAAACUAUCAUUUGGAAAUCUCAUGGUUCUCACCAGGGUGUUUUUCUUUUCCCAUCAGAAUGGAAGACGAAAAUCUCCACUUCUGAUGAUUCAUUCCAAAUUUCUGUAUGUAUGGAUUUUGAUAUCUCAACAGGAGUUAUAUCUCCAUGCAUUAAUAUAACACAUGGAUUUCCUGUGUGA